AGCAAACAUAAUGUAAUAAGAUAAAAAUUGUUUCUCUCUGUGACCAAAAAGGCGAUUAGGUAUCGUUUUAACCUAGCCGCCGCCGUCAACUGGCCUCACGCCGGUGGGCGAGAAAUCCGCCAUGGCCAAGAAGAAAAAGCCUCCUCUUCCGUUCGCUGCGCCGUCUGACUCGAGUUCCGUCAAGGUUAUGGCCGGCGUUUCUUCCUCUUCAGUUCUGUCUUCCGCCGGAAAUGCCGUGGCCACUCUGUCUCCGACAAGUCCUGCGGUUUCUCCGGUAGGUUCUGUCUCCUCCAUCGUGAGUGAAGGAGUGCUUCCUUUGUCUCCAGAGGAGGGUUCGUUGUCUUCUCCGUCUUCAGGGCCUCCGUCGACGUCUUCUUUGCCUCUGCCAGCCCUGAUCUCGGGGUGUGUUUCUGUUGCCUCUGUUCUUGUCUUGUCGGAAGAUCCAAAUUCUGUGGUGGUCGAUUCAAGUAUUUCUCCUCAGGUUGAUGUCCCCAUUAUCACAGAAACUUCAUCAGAUGCUAUUCCCUCUCGGAUCUGCUCUACUCCGUCUGACUCACAGCAAAUUCAGGAUACUAGUGGUCCUUCUUAUGCUGAAAGAUUCAAAUCCUCCCUCAGAAACCUUAGAAAGAUUUCGACUCCCACCUUCGAAGAGGAUGGGAUUCCGGUUGUUCAGGCUCCCGAAUCUGUUCUUCUCCAGACUGCGAAGAUGUGGAAGGGCCAUAUCGUUGCUCAAUUUCACGGUCUUCUUCCUCCUCCAGGCAAAAUCUACACAGACCUCAACCCAGCUUGGGGAAAACAUGGCAACAUCACCAUCCGGGUGUUGUCGGACACUUCUUGCCUCAUUUGGGUUCCUUGUCUAUCCACUCGUGAAUGGGUACUUCAGAUAGGUUACUGGCAAGCUGGAAAUGUUGCCUUUUCAGUCUUUCCGUGGUCUCCAAAUGGUUUGGUCGAUCUGUCGGAGCUGUCUACUGCCCCUACCUGGGCAAUAUUGAAAAAUAUUCCUCCUCAGAUGUACUCACUUGAAGGUAUUAGUGUCAUUGCGAGUGCGAUUGGAGAGCCUCUGCACACGGAAAAAUCGAGGCUGGAUCCUUUCCACUUUGGUAAUACUAAAGUCAAAGUUGAGAUUGAUUUGGAUUCUUCCCCUCCUGCAAUUAUUAAAGUUCGUGACUCAAUGGGUAACUCUGUUCGGGUGGAAGUUUCCUAUCCUAGGCUUCCUCCUCGGUGCUGUAAUUGUGGUAGGUUUGGUCAUCUGUUAAAUAGAUGCCCCAAACCGCUUAUGAAGAAAUCUUUUGGUAAGGGAGGUCCCAAGCCUUUUGUUGCCAGAGGUACUGCAGUUGCUGUAUCCAAGCAUUCUCUUGCUCCUAUUAAAGAGCCUAAAAUCUCUAAAGCUAUGGUUGAUGCGGUCAAAGCGUUACCUAGUAUUCCGUCUCUGCAAGGUCCAUCUUCUACCAUUCAUAAGGUAAAAAGAAGGACUCGCUCCAGAAGUCGAUCAUCAGGGAGAGGUAGAAGUGCACCUCAUGUUGAAAACCAGGUGGUAUCUAAGGUCGAAGGUUCUUGUGUUGUGGAGCCAGAUAUCACAGUUGAUCAUAGGGUUAUCUCUGAUGGGACUAAGGAUGUGGUGAUUCCUUCUCUUCAGCCUAGAGUCGGUCAGUCUCGUUCUGAAGCUCCCAAGUCUGAGGAGUUUCCCGCUGCGGCUUCUAGUUUUGUGGUAAAAAGUUCUGAAACUAUUGCUAGGUCUGGGUUUACAUUGGUUGGCGCCGGUUCCCACACUAAGCAGAAACUCUUCAAUGGGGCAGCAAAUCAGAUUUCAAGGCAGCUGCAAAUUCCUUAUCAGAAUGCUGGUAAGGUAACAGGAACUCGUUUUUCCAAGAAUUCAAAGGUUAUGUCUUCCUCAAGUCCUACUCAGGGUCUGCCCUUGGGACUUAAUAGCCACUCUCGCCAACGUUUUGUAAAAAGCUGGGUUGGUAUUAAUAAGCCAUUGAUUGGCAGUAUUUUAGAGUCCCAUGUAUCUGUGGACAAUGCUGCUAGUGUUUUGAACUCUGCCUUCCCUGGUUGGAGGUGGGACAGUAAUUACGACUCUAUUGAUGGGGGUCGUAUUUUGGUGGUCUGGGAUCCAUCUAUUUCGGUUAUUUGCCUAAAGAAGUCUCCUCAGUUGAUGCUGUGUGGAGUUUUUUGCCCAGCCACGAAUGAAUCUUUUUCAGUUGCUUUUGUCUAUGCUUUCAACACGGUGAUCCAGAGAAGACUGCUUUGGGAGGAGCUGUCUUUCAUUUCUCAGCACUCUCCUGCUUCCUUCAGGCCGUGGUUGCUACUUGGUGACUUCAACCAAAUUGUUUCUGCAGAUGAGCAUUUUUCUAUAAUCCCUCAUAAUCUUCCUCUUGCCGGAAUGGCUGAGUUUCAGGAUUGCUUAGUCAGUAAUGACCUGUUUGAUUUGACUAGCAGAGGGGUAUUUUAUACUUGGUCAAAUGGUCAACCUGCUGAUCCUGUGCUGCGCAAAUUGGAUAGAGCUUUGAUCAAUGAGGAUUGGCUUAACUGUUUUCCUGAUUCUUUUGCCAUCUUUGAUCCUCCUGGAGAUUCAGAUCAUUCGCCAUGCUUAGUAAACACUGAUGCUUCUGUUGAGAGAAGUAAAAAGUCUUUCAAGUAUUUCUCAUUCUUAUCCUCUCACCCCAAGUUCAAGGAGAUUAUUGCUUUAGCUUGGGCUCAAGAGGUUUGUGUUGGCUCCAGGCUUUUUACUUUUGGGCAGAGGUUAAAGGAAGUAAAAGUGGCGUGCAAAAAAUUAAACAGGGAAGGUUUUGGUAACAUCCAGCAAAAGACUAAGGACUCUCUUCUCUCCCUUGAGUCAAUCCAAUCGGCUUUGCUGUCUAAUCCCUCUCAUUCUCUAUUCAGGGAGGAACAUGUUGCUAGACAGAAAUGGAAUUUUUUCGCCAAAGCUCAGGAAAUAUUUUAUCGUCAGAAAUCAAGAGUAAGAUGGAUGGCUGAUGGUGAUGCUAAUACAUCUUAUUUUUUUCGUGUUGCUGCCUCUAACUAUGCUAGGAAUUGCAUCAAGCUUCUGAGAGAAUCUGUUGGGAACUGAAAGUCUAGGUGUUUCUCCUAUGAGUGUUGAGGAGAUUCAAGGGCUGAUGAGUUUUAGGUGUCCAUCGUCACUAUACCCUCAGUUACUGGCUAUUCCUUCUAGUCAGGAAAUUAAAGACACUCUGUUUAA